CAAGCUUGUUCCAGUGUCUAAUUUGUCACAUUGUGAGUGAGCCGUCAUGAGGACACUGCCACUGCUGGGGGUGACGGCCUUGUGUCUUUGUGCGUUUGUCACCGCUGACACGCAAGACAAGUCGUCUCUCGAGGAGGACGGGGUUGUCCAGCUGAAGAAGGGAAAUUUCAACAGAGCGCUGAGAAAACAUAAGCAGCUCCUGGUGCACUUCUAUGCUCCUCUGUCUGGAGAGGGCCAGCGAGUCUCCGCAGCAUUCGAAGGUGCUGCUGCAAAGCUUCAGGGGUCAGAGGUCAAAAUGGCGGCGGUUGAUGUGACAAAGGAGAAGGACCUGGUUAAAGAGCUCAAUGUAACGGACCUCCCCACAAUCAGGCUGUACCUCUCUGGAGAUAAACACAGCCAUGUGGACUGUCCUGUUCCCCAGAGUUCGGCCUCCAUCUUGACCUGGCUGAAGAGGAGGGCGGGAUCUGCUGCUGACAUCAUCACUGAUCUUUGGCAGUUAGAGGCCUCAGAGGACCUGACAGUGGUUGGAUUCUUUAAGGAGCUGAACCACGAAUACGUCCAGCUGUUUUAUGCUGCAGCGCUCGACCUUCCUGACGUUAGCUUCGCUGUGACACAGGACAAUGAAGUUAUCAGCAAAUAUGGUCUCGCGCAUGAUGUCGUACUGCUGAUCAAAAAGUCAAAGCUCAUCCAGGCUUACAAAAUGAUGCCUCAGACAUCCAAAGAGGAGCUGAUCAUUUUUAUCACCGUCUACCAGAUGGACCCAGUCACCGAGUACACUGGAAAGACAGCCAGACAGAUUUUAACAGCGCCCGUGUUAAACCACGCCCUCCUGUUUGUCAACAGGAGCUCUGCUGACUUUGAAGAGAUCCACUCUGCUUUCAGCAGCGCUGCAGAAUCCUUCAGGUUGAAGGUUUUGUUCGUGUGGGUGAACGUGGACGAGCCCCGUAAUGGUAGGCUGAUGGAGUACUUCCGGGUCCGGGAUUUCGAGGCUCCUCUCAUCCGACUGGUCAACCUGACAGACCAUGUGACCUAUCACCUGCCCUCUGACACUCUGGAUGACGAGACCAUAAGAAAUUUCUGCCAGUCCUACCUAGAAGGCAAGGCUAAGCCGAAAAUGCAGAGUGAGCCGAUACCUGAGGGAUGGGACCAGCAGCCAGUGAAGGAGCUGGUGGGAAUGACGCUGGAGAAAGUCGCCUUUAACCCCAACAAGACUGUUUUUGUUCUCUUCUACCUUCCCUACAGCCAGAAGUCCAGCGCUCUGUUUCCACUGUGGGCGGAGUUAGCCGAGGCCCUGAUGGACCGAGAGGACGUGGUGGUCGCUCGCAUCGACGCCUCAGCCAACGACAUCAACAUGUCAAUGCAGGGCUCCUACCCGUCACUCUGCCUGUUCCCUGCUCUGUAUGCUGAAAGAGUGGUGGUUUACUCCGGUAAGAGAAAUCUGAAGGACCUGAUUAAGUUUCUAGAUAUGGAGGUGGAGAAAGCCAAAAAGCACAGAGUAAAGGAGGAUGAAGACAGGAGGAAGUACAUCGAGGCCAUAAAAACUGAAGAGGCAAAAAAAGCCAAUGAAGCCAAAGAGGAGCUUUAAUUCAAAAAGAUUAAAGGGUGUGUGUGUAUAUGUGUGUGUAUAUGUGUGUGUGUGUGUCAUACCUUUUAGUCAGUACUCUCUAAACAUGGAUCUGGUUUUGUCUAGUCUAGUCAUAAGCUCUCUGUCCAAUCAAAUCCAGUAAAGUUUUCAGUUAAAAAAAGUCUCUCGGUGGAAAGACUUUGUAUUUAUUUAACCUCAGCGGGUUUCUGUUGUGGUCAUGAUGGUCAUUACAGUUCAAAACUGAAGCAGACUUGAUGUAAACUUCAACUAUGGCAAAAAGAUCCUUCAUGUAGAAUUAAUGAUGCAUAGUACAGAGCCUGACCGACACAUCAGCAUGGUCGACAUUAUUGGACAAUCACAGCACGUAUAAGGUUUUAAUAUUUUGAUUGCUAAUAUUUCAAGCAAAUAAGAAACUAAUUGCAGUACAGAAAUACCAAAGAUAUGUUUGAGAUCAUUUGGAAAAAGUUUCUCCAGCACACUUAUUGUCCACCAGGCAGCACUAACUGUAAGUUGUCCUGUUCAGUAUAUACCUUAGUCACCUUUAAAGGAUAAAAAAUUAAGUUUGUUUAUUAUCUUCCUUCCUUGAUGACAAUCUGUAUUUUUGUUGUCGAUAAAUCAGUCCAUGAUGGUUUCUGACUUCACCACUGGGGUGAGCUGUGGUCCUUCAGGUCCCAGUUCCAGCUUGGACUCACACCAAUACUGGCCUCCAUCAUCUUCUACACUGGUGUUAAUGUACAGACUGAAGGCGAGUAAGUGUUGUCUGUUCUCUGUGGAAGGUCACAACGAGGUUUUCAACAGGACCAGCGUUCUGGACUGUCCGCUGCAGAGUGGGCUGGUGACCCUCAAACAUCAGCCUGGUGUGAUUAACAAAGCCGAUGGACACAUUAGACGCAAAGAGACAAGACACAUGGAGAGACAGACACAUAAAGAGAACAAACCUCUCAUCAAAGACAUCAAAUAAACAAAAAACAAUGCUGUGACUCAUUUACUUUUGCACUCUUUUGUAGUCUUAUUGUAAAUGAUGAAAGCAUCGCUAGCAGCAGGAUCUUCUAAUGUA